CUCCCGAAAACCUCCCUACGGUUCUUCAAAAUCCAGAUAUUGUCACUCUUGUUCUGAAAUAUUUAAAAGAAAAAGAGACCGACGAAAUGCCAGCACUUUUAUUUGAUUGGAAUGAUGCAGGUUUUAAUGACACCGUCACUUCAAAUUGCCGUAAUGGUAUUGCAACACAGACCAAAGCGUCUAUAAUUGCAGACCUCCUUGCAAACG